UUCACGCACUCCUCAGGGUUAUAGAGGACCAAACACAGUCGAGUCACUAUCACUUCUUUAACUCAGACUGUGUGAACUGUAGCGCAGAUCUAACGGGAUCGCUUCAGAAAUCACACCGAUCAUCAAACAGGAUUUUACAAUGCAGACACGAGCACUGGUUUAUAACGCAUCAUUACGGAUUAACGAAAGAAGACGACAAACGUUUAAAGCAACGCUGUGUCGCUUUUUUACGUGUUUUCUGUUUUUAUCAUGGGUCUCGCAACUCGAGGGUAAUGAUGACUGCCCUCUUAAGCUCAACCCACCGAGUGUUGUUGUGGAGUACGGCAGCUCUGCUUCAGCGAAUUGUAGCACUGAUGUCACACAUGAUGGGAUGGGCUGGGAAGCCAAAGAAGGAGGAGUACCCCAAAACCCGACAUACAAACUGGUCACAUGGAGAGUGUCUAACCUGACAAAAUGGGACAUACGGCCACAGUGCUUCAUAAACUACAAUAGGAUGCCACCUUGUUUAACUUUACUCCCAGUCACAGUUUACAAGACUCCAGAUAGUGUCUCCAUCAACACAGUGGAUCAAACAGUGACUGAGGGAUCACAGUAUGAGCUCCAGUGUGACAUCAUGAAUGUGGCUCCUAGGAAUCUAACUGUAAAAUGGUUUAAAGGAGAGACAGUGGUGCAUAAUGAGACCUUCAAUAACACCAUCAAGAUUCCAGGGAAUGUUACAUCUACACUUCAGAUCACUGCAAACAGAUCUGAUGAUGGAGUUCAGUACAGAUGUGAAGCAGAGCUGCAACUGGGAGCAGAUGGACCUCAACCUCCUCCUAAAGUGACAUCAGAACCUCUCAACAUCACAGUAUACUUUAAACCAGCCAUCAAUGGGACCAAACUGCCCUCCACAGUGUCUGUGAUUCGAGGCUAUCCUGUGCAGCUUGUUUGUGAAGCAGAAGGUAACCCACCACCAGAGAUCAGCUGGAGCAAUGACAAUAGCAGUAUAUUGGAAACAUCAAAUGGAAUUCUUACUCUGGAUGAAGUUUCAGAUGAAGCGUUUUACACAUGCACUGCAAACAACUCUGUUAACAGAACCAUACGAAUAGUAAAAGUGGUCAUAACAGAGAAUUACGUGCCCAUAAUAGUAGGCAGUAUUGUUGCCAUAGUGGUGGUCAUCUUAAUCAUCGUCAUCUUCAUCUACAUCACCUACUACAAAAAACAAUGAUUGGCGAAUAUAUCCUGAGGAAUGUUGCCAAAAAUCCACAAAGCCAAAAUGGACACGCAGCACAAUUAAAAUGAGGACACUUAGCAGCAGCAAUAUCUAUUUCUUUAGGUCCGUUUCAUCUGCUGAGCCCACAAUGAGAUCCGUCAGUCCACAGAGAGAGGAUUUACAGAACAUUGAUAUGUCAGUGUGUCAAUGUGAAUGUGAGCUGCUAACCGUACCUGACACUGCGGUCAAAAGGCACCAUAACGCAUCAUCAAGUUAUUUGUUUGUCUGUCUUAGGCUUUUAGUCAUUUUUAAAUAUUUAUCACCAGCUUUUGAAAAAGACACUGAAUUAAAGGCUUAGAAUUAAGAUCUACUGACCUGUGGGAACACUUGAUGUAAAAUUUUUCUCACUUUUUGUGUAAAAUUUAUUUUCCCCUAGGCUAUUUUAUAUUAUCACAUCAUUUGUAAAUAAAAAAUGUAAUAAUAACAAAAGGA